AGUCUGCCUUAAUACUAGGUAGAAAUCACUGCGCCCGAAAUAAUAAUGUGUACAACUCGCAAAUAUAAUUUCGCAGUUUUACCUACUCUUCGAAAGUUUAGAUUCUUCACAUAAUUAUAACGAAGCCGAUAAAUAAGUAAUUUUACUUAAUGGGAAGAAUUCUAUUUUGGCGCAGCAAAGACUGAACUGCUCACAGGCCAAGUAACAGGCGGCGGUGUCAGGCGUUCGGCCUUUCUAAGAUUUCCACAUUGAACUUAUGCUCUUUGCACAGUUUAAAUUGGAGGCGCCAAAAUGAGCGAUGGUACUGUGACUGAAAGCAGUAUGACUGGAACUUGCCGCAUGUUGAAGGAUUUUGAAGAAAGGCUGUCUAAAUGCGCAGUCGAUAAGAAUGAAAUUGCAGCAGUUCAUCUGUUGAUGAAGGACUGUUUUACAAAUAUUUCUGAUGGCAAUGUACCCACAGAAGCUGACCUGGGACAGUGGGAGAUCCUGAAAGCCGAAGAAACAAAUGGCGUAACUUUUGAAGAUGAUCCUCUAUAUUUAUGUAAUGAUACUGCAGUUAUAGAAAUGGAAAUUAAAUUAGUGAAAGAAGAAAGAGAUGAAAAUCUUGAAGUGUGUGAUGAAAUAGAGUGGACUUUGAAUGAGGAGCUGAAAGAAUUAAAAACGUUUCUGAGCCAGCUGGAGCAAAAUGAAUUAGACUCCAAGGGAUUAUAUGAAAAGGCAUUGGAGAAAUAUGUAGAGAAUUUAGAAAAUGCAUUUAUUACAAAUUUCAAAGUUAUUGAUGAGUUAAAAAACGUCCCUGGAAGAAUUAUACUGGAUCAAUAUCUGUGUGAAUCACCGCUUUUAGCAUUGAAAGAGAAGAUUGACUGUUUUCUUGAAACUUUUAAUUUUCACCUAAGAAAUCAUUUUAUGGAAGCAGCAAAGACUAAUGGAGCAGAAAGAUGUAGAAAUGUUAUUGUUGAACAGAGAAUACUUGAAGCAAGGCUUUCAGCGACUUUGUAUAAGAAUGGUGUCCUCGAGUGUUUGCUAAAGGGACAAGAAGCAGCAGUUUCUCAUACAAUGACAAUGGCUGAUGCCAUUGGAAACGGUGUUAAGACAUUAUUAACAACAAACAUAAAGAAGGAACUGGCUACAUUGAAAAACAUUAAAAUAGCUGAAGAUUUAAUAUCAGAUUUCAAGACUGAUCUCAUUUCUUUGUCACAGAUGUCUGCUAAUGUUAAACAAUUGAAGCACAUAUUAACAAUGUGUAAUUCAAAAUAUAAUCGUGUAAAUUACUGGUUAUUGCAAACGGAGAAAUGGGCGGAUUGCAUAAAAUUGGAAAAGAAGUUAAUAAAUGCUGUUUUGCAUGUACUUCAUUCCGAAAAGGAAGAACCCAAUAAAGUUUUGUGUUUCCUUAAAGAUUUUGAAACAUAUCUGAAAAGAGAACAUGACAGUGUUAUGUGUAGAACAGCUUUCAUGCACACCCAAUUGCAAAACCCAAUGGAAGAUGAUAUGUUACACAGUGUACUUGUAAACAUAUUAGGUCAGAUUUCAGUUGACAAGGGCAUUUCCACAAAACUGUCAUGGAGGCAAUUGAAAGAAGCAGUCAUAAAUAUUAAAAAAGCAACUGUUUGGAAGCAGAAUAACUUUUUCCAGUCAUUUAAGAAGACAAGACAUAUUUUAUUUGAAAAUGAUAAUUUGUUUAAAUUAAUCAAUGGUCUUAAAAGGGAAUCUGGAUUAAAUUAUUCACAAAUGAAUAUAAAUGCACACCAGCAGAGAUUGAGUGAUUCCGAAAAUGCUCUUUGUGCAAUAAAUGAAGAUUUUAUAAAGAAACAAAACACUUUAUCAAAAAAUUAUUUUAUGAAGCAUAGACGACUGUUGUGGGUCUACAUUCUCUGCAACCAAGAAAAGUUAGCAGAAGUUUUAUCACAUGUUAAUGAACAUUUGCCAGAUGUUUGAAAGUAAUUUCCUGUAAGGAGGGUGAGUCUUCCUGGCCGCAAGUAACUAGUAAAAUGUUUCAGUGCUGUGUGUUGAUAGUGUAAAAUAUGUCAACCGUGAUUAGGUGUCCAAGAAACAUUUUUGUGUUUCAGUAAUAUAAUUAAAUCAAUUUAAUUGUCAUUGUAGAAGUAACAUUCUACAUAAAAAAAAUUACUCAAAGAAACGCAAUAAAUUGUAAGAUGCUUUUAUUCAUGAUGAUUUAUAAGAGUGUGGAAGUAUUUUCUAUAGAGCAAAGUUGAUCUUGUAGAAUUUACAAUAUAUGCUCAUCACCUUAAGUGUAUGUUAAUGUAAUGGUGCCCCGAUUUGAAUAUUUUGUAAAAAAUGCUUUGUAUGU